CCUGUCUGUCUGUGUUGUUUGUGUGCAUGAAGAGUGAAGCGGAGCGACGUGUGCUCAGGUCAUUUAAAACAAAGAACCUGGACACUGUGUGUGUGUGUGUGUGUGUGUGAUGUGACAGCUUAGACACUGCCUUUCACCAUUUGCACUUAUGACAAAGAGAUAUUUAUUUGUAUGUAUCCGACAUUCUGUGAGGCCAAAGCAGGAUCUGAAACAGGCUCUGUGUGGUGUUGCUUUGUUGUUCAGUCGAGCCUGUUUAGUUUAGUUAGUUGUUUGUAAUAGUAGAGAAAAUGUCUACUGAGUGCCAGAAGACCAGUGCAAAGAGCAUCCCGUCGACCAGGAGGGUGACCAUCAACGACGCGGCGCACAUGCCCCAUGACUACUCCACGACCCCCGGAGGGACCCUGUUCAGCACCACGCCGGGCGGUACCAGAAUCAUCUACGACCGGAAGUUCCUGCUGGAGCGCCGCAGCUCUCCGAUGGCCAGAACUCCUCCGUGUGGUCUGCCAAAUAUUCCCGGUGUGACCAGUCCUCCCAUCAAAGACGCCAUCGAGAAGACCCCUAAUGGAGAACUACUGAACAACAACAACAUCACUGCUCCUGAAACCAAACACACUGGUGAUGAUGCACAGUUUGAAAUGGACAUCUAGUCAGUCCUGGUACGGGUGGUAAUACAUCAGACUUCUCAACAAGACGCUGUGAAGAGAGGCUCACGAGCGCCGUCUCUGUUCCCAUUAUCCAUUCCAGGAGGACGGAGGUUUGCCCCGCAGUAUCUCCAGUGUCUUAAAGUCUGUAUCGAUCUUUUUAUGCCCAGAACAAAUCUGUAAACACACUUUAUUCUUUUUUUUCUUUUUUUUUCUGCCUGAUGGCUUAAACCUGAUUUAUGUGUGACUAAGUGUGCCUUCCUGUAGCGGCUACAAGUUUAAAGUCAACACUGAGAAAAUGUUUUUACACCAACUGAACCUGAUCUCUAAGAACGGACAGAGAUCUGAAUUCUUUCCAUUCCAGAUGGAGUUGUUACCUGAUGUGCUCACCUCGAGUCAGAUUCUGCCUUCAAACCUUUAGAGACUGUUUCUCACUUGUCGACCGCUCUCUUUCAAAACAAGUUCCUCAGCUGAAGUGUCAUGCAGAGAAUGUAAAACAGAUUUUUUUGAUGGAAUUUUGAAACAGAUUUUCUCACCAUUUGUAGGUCAACAAAUCAUUAAAAACAAACACCAUGAAAGCAAAAA